UUUGAGAAGUAAUUUAUGUACUUGAUUAGUAAAAUGGUGAUUAUUUAAUAGAGAGCAAUUUAAACAGUAAAUUUUGUGUUGUUUUUUAAAAAGUAAAGAAAAAAAACUGAUUCGAAAGCAAGUGUUGUGGUUUGAUAGAGAGAAGAAGGAACCGAACCCUAAGAGUGUUGCAGUUGAGUGUAUAGAUGGAUUCUGGAAAAGUAAGAGAGCUAAAAGAAUUCAUAGCGUCAUGCAAGUCAAAUCCUUCACUUCUCCACACUCCUUCCCUUUCAUUCUUCAAGUCUUAUCUUCUCAGCUUGGGUGCUCGCAUCCCUCCUCAACCCAAAACGGAACCUGUCGAUGAUGAAAAUUAUGAUGACAUUCUAGAAGAAUCUGAUAUAGAGUUUGAUACUACUGAUGUAGUUCGACCUGAUAAUGACCCUCCUCAAAAGAUGGGAAAUCCUUCUGCUCAAGUCACGGAAGACCAGAGGGAUGCUGCACAACUAGCAAAAUCAAAAGCACUCGAUGCUGUAUCACAAGGUAAGUUAGAUCAAGCACUGGACCUACUCACAGAAGCCAUUUUGUUGAAUCCGCACUCAGCCAUACUUUAUGCCACCAGAGCUAGUGUGUUUGUAAUGUUGAAGAAACCAAAUGCUGCUAUCCGUGAUGCUAACACUGCCUUGAAGAUUAAUCCAGACUCAGCUAAAGGGUACAAAACACGAGGAUUGUCAAGGGCUAUGUUGGGACUCUGGACAGAAGCACUGAGUGAUCUUCAUGUGGCUUCUAAGAUAGAUUACGAUGAAGAGAUUGGUAUGGCACUUAAAAAGGUUGAGCCCAAUGCCCACAAAAUAGAGGAGCAUAGGAGAAAAUGUGAACGCCUACGAAAGCAAAAGGAGCAGAAAAGAGCUCAACCAAAGAAGCAACCAAAAGAUGAAGCUCAAGAUAAAGACACAUUGUCUGCUUUAAAAGAUGGGCAAGUGAUUGGUAUUCACUCUGUUGGUGAACUGGAAACAAAGUUGAGUGCUGCGUCGAAGACAUCUCGCUUGGCAAUCCUGUACUUUACUGCAACAUGGUGUGGCCCUUGUCGCUAUAUUUCGCCACUUUAUACAAGCUUGGCUGAGAAGUAUCAAAAAGUGGUUUUUUUAAAAGUUGACAUAGAUGAGGCAGUCGAUGUUGCCGCACGCUGGAAAGUUAACAGUGUUCCAACAUUUUUCUUUGUAAAAAAUGGCAAAGAGAUAGACAGUGUGGUGGGGGCAGACAAAAAUACACUUGAAAGGAAGAUUGCUCAAUACUCCAGCCCUUUUUAAGUUUUUAGUAUUACCUUAUUUAAACUUCGAUACAAUAAUUUUUCCAUGCUGUUUCUUCUGUUUACAUGCCCAUAGUGUCAUACAAAACCCAGAGUUUCAAUGUAUCGGUUUGAUGUUUCUUCUACCUGCUUGUGUAUAAAAUGUUCAACUUUUCAAUCCGAUUUUGGGUUUAUAACUGUAACGAGGAACAAAAUUACAAUGCUGGAGAUAUAUGCUUAUUUAGAGAUUUGUGGAUGAUUCAGUUUUA